AUGGUCGACGUUGUAACUAGAGGUGAAUCUAGAAAAAUGAAAGAUCGCGAACGAAAAGCUGCCAAACGUAAAGACCAUUUUUUUCAGAAAUCCGAAAAUAAUAAAAUAGGAUCAAUAUGGCUAACCGCCUCAGAUGAAUUAGAUAUUCCUUUGUGCGUUCUAGAGAUGGACAAAGAAUUUGAGAAAACAGCUGAAAAACAUGUUAUUGAAACCGAUGAUGAGGAUGAUUCUGAGCAUAAUUUAAACAAUUUUAUUAAUAAUAAUACAAUUAAUAAUGCAAGCGAACUUAGGCCCUCUGGAAUAUUGCAUGUCGAUGAUGUACUCGUUACUAAAAAAGUACUUACUCUGUUUUCGCUUCAAAAAUUGGUAGAAAAAUCUAAUCAACAUUCAAGUAACCAACACUCUUCAAAUGAAAGGUGUAAUGAGGUUAAUCAUCUAAUCUGUGUACCCCAUGAAUGUAAAGAACAUUACCAAACCUUCACUGAAGGUUUUGAUGAAUCUGAUGAUGAUUUUAAUGAUGAUUCAGACACUGAUGAUAUCCAAAAUGCCCAAAAUCUAUUAAACGAGUCAUUCUUGGUUACAUUCUGUAAUAAUAAAUUAACUGCCGUAAAUCUUCGUGUCGAUUAUCAGUUCAGAGGCUCAACACUAC